AUGCAAGGACUAGGUACCAAAUAUAAGUUCUCUCAAUGGCGAAAAUGCCUCCUACUUGCAGGUUGCAGCUUCACGGUGUUUACUAGCGCAUCGGCCCUAGCCUCCAUAUUCCCCGCGACCGCACAUGUCGCCUUGGAGCUUUCCACUACGGCCAAGGUGCUUAACAUCGCAAAUGCAUGCGUCCAGGUCGCAAUGGGACUGUCAGUGUUUGUCUGGCAGCCGGUGCAGGUCUUCAUUGGGCGUAGGAAUGCUUUUCUUUUGGCCUUGCUGAUCCUGCUUUGCUUCUCUAUAGGCGCUGCACGGGCUACUAGCACUGGUAUGUUCAUUGCGAUGAGGGUUAUUGUGGGAAGUACGGGCACUUUCUUCCUUCUGGCGGGCCAGGAAAUACUGGCUGAGACUUUCGAACCGGUGAUUCGGGGUACUGCAUUUGGGUUUAUACAGAUAGGGAAUACCGCCGGCAUGACGAUUGGCCCCUGUAUUGGUGGCGCCAUUGUUUAUUAUACCCAUUGGCGUGUGAUAUACUGGGUACAGGUUGGCUUGGCUGGAUUAAGCUUGAUCCUAUCUUUUUUCUCCAUUCCGAGUGAGAAAGACAUGAGCAACGACCAGCCAAAAGUAACGGGCUCAAAGUCUGCGACUCUGAAUCCACUAAGGGUCCUAAAGCCUCUCCUCCAUCCAAACGUCCUGAUCACAGACCUCGCGUGUGGCGUUCUGUGCUUCUUCCAAUUCGUAGUCCUCACAUCCAUCCCCAAUACGCUCAACCCGCGGUUUAACCUCACAUCGCCACUGGUCAGCGGUCUUUUCUACUUAGCGCCUUUCGGCGGAUUUGCUCUCGGUUCGCUUGCCGGAGGCGUUGUAUCUGAUCGCACCACCCGACGGUAUAUCAAGAAGAGGGGAGGCGUCCGUCUUCCCCAGGACCGGUUAAAUGGCGCGCUACCCAUUUGGCUGGGGCUUUUGCCUGUAAGCAUGGUGAUAUACGGGUGGACUUUAGAUAGGGAGGUUGGCGGAAUGGCUGUUCCUAUUAUCAGUAUAUUCUUCGUUUCGUGCGGAAUCGUCAUGGCGUUCAACGGGCUUAACACGUAUUGCGCUGAAACACUUCCGGAACAACGGUCUGCUGUUAUCAGCGGGAAGUACGUCGUUCAGUAUAGUCUCGGAGCUGUGAGUACAGGCGCCGUCGUACCGAUGAUCGAUGCCAUGGGCGUGGGGCUGGUGUUUACUAUCUGCACUGUAGUCAGUUUCAUCGGCGGAAUUGCCGUAUUCCUGGUCGCCAGAUAUGGGCUGCAGAUGCAGAAAAAUCGUUUCAGUGCUUCGGUCAAAUAG